AUGUUGGAGCAAAUGCCAAAGCAUGCGAAGUUUCUAAAGGAGUUCCUCAUGCACAAAAGGAAGUUUGAAGAACACGAGAGGGUCAUGCUCACCGAGGAAUGUAGCGCUUUGCUUCAAAAGAAACUACCACUAAAAUUAAGAGAUCCAGGGAGCUUUAACAUUCCUUGCACAAUUGGUAGUUUUUAUUUUGAUAAAGCUUUAUGUGAUUUAGGAGCUUGCAUUAACUUGAUUCCAUUUUCUAUUUUUAGGAAACUUGAUUUAGGAGAGGUGAAGUCGACCACGAUUCAUCUUCAAUUGGCUGAUAAAUCCAUAACAUAUCCCAGAGGAAUGAUAGAGGAUGUCCUGAAAAGGGUAGACAAAUUUGUCUUUCGGGCAGAUUUUGUAGUUCUUGAUAUGGAAGAAGUCUGGAACAUACCUUUAAUAUUAGGAAGGCCUUUGCUAGCUACUAGUAGGACUUUAAUAGAUGUACACCAAGGGAAACUAAUCUUAAGGGUGGAAGACGAACAAGUGGAGUUCAAUGUUUUUAACAUGGUGAAAUAUCCAUUCGAGUAA